AUGGUGCUGGAGGCCGCGGGGCCGGCGCGGCUGGCGCGCUGCGGGCAGAAGGAUGAACUGUACCGCAGCGGGCUGCGGAGCGGGGCCGGCUCCGCUCUGCACAGCCUCGCGGGUGCCAAGAAGUGGCUGGAAUGGAGGAAAGAGAUUGAACUGCUUUCUGACGUUGCCUACUUCGUCCUGACCACGUUGUCUGGUUAUCAGACCCUGGGUGAAGAGUAUGUCAACAUUAUUCAAGUUGACUCAACCAAGAAACGAGUUCCUUCUUUUCUUCGCCGGGCCAUCUUCAUUGCUCUUCACACUGUGGUACCCUAUUGCUUAGAAAAGGGUCUGCUGCACCUGGAGCAUGAGAUGCAGGCUGAAGCCGAGUCCAGCACCUUGCAGCGCACCCCAGCACGUGGAUUUUCCAGUAGGACCUUAAUACGAAACUGGAUACAGAAACAAAUUGGGGUACUGACAGAAGAGCAGAAGAAGAGAGUCCUCCAAGUUGUGCAUAUCCUUAAGCACUGCAUCCCCUUGCUUCACCGGCUGCACCUGGCAGUGUUCUACAUGAGUGGCACUUUCUAUCACCUGUCCAAAAGAAUUGCAGGAAUCUCAUAUCUGCGUUUUGGAGGACUGCAAGGAGAAGAUCAGAGCAUUCGAUCAAGUUACAAGUUGCUGGGAAUAAUUUCACUCUGCCAUCUUCUUCUAACACUUGGGGUUCAGCUGUACAGCUUCAAACAGAAGCAGAGAGCAAGGCAGGACUGGAAACUGCACCGCAACCUAGCUCAUCAGAAAAAUAGGACCAAGGAAAAGACCACUGGGCAUCACUCCUACUGCACUUUGUGUUUGGAGGAACGGAGACACACAACAGCCACACCUUGUGGUCACCUGUUCUGCUGGGAAUGCAUCACUGAGUGGUGUAACACCAGAACAGAAUGUCCACUCUGCAGAGAGAAGUUUCAUCCUCAGAAACUGAUCUACCUACGUCAUUACCAACUGUAAAAGGAAAAUGUUCCAUGACAAGGGCCUCAACUCUCAGAGCCUUUAUGAAG